AUGUCUGCCUCUCAGAGCGAUGCCUUCCAGAAGGCGGUCAAGGACUCCAAGAAGCUCACGAGCAAGCCCAGCAACGAAGAGCUCCUGGAGCUGUACGGCCUCUUCAAGGUCGCUACCGGCGAGGACAUCACCAAGGCCCCUGACCCCGGCAUGUUCGACCUCAAGGGCAAGGCCAAGAAGAACGCCUGGCAGAAGGCCGUCGACGACUGCGACACCUCCGAGGACGCUCAGGAGAAGUACGUCGCCCUGGUUGAGAAGCUCAAGGCCAGCUGCGGCUACGACGAGAACAAGGAACCCGAGUCCGUCGGUUAG